AUGAAGCUAAACCUUGCCUCUCUCUGUUUUCUUGCGAGUAUUGCCCCGCUGGUUUCGGGUCAUUAUGUGUUUUCGAAGUUGAUUGUCGACGGAAAGACAACCAAGGAUUUUGAAUACAUCCGCGAGAAUAGCAAUGGGUACCAACCAACACUGGCUUCUGAAAUUGUGAGCAACGAUUUCCGCUGCAACAAAGGUUCCAUGGACUCUGCGGCCAAGACAAAGGUCUACACGGUUGCCCCGGGCGCAGAGAUCGGUUUUCAGCUCGCCUAUGGUGCUUCGAUGAAGCACCCCGGCCCUCUGCAAAUUUACAUGUCCAAAGCACCCGGCGAUGUCAAAACCUACGACGGAUCAGGCGAUUGGUUCAAAGUUUACCAGGAAGGCGUCUGCAAAGACAUUUCCGGCGGGUUGAAAGAUACCGACUGGUGCACUUGGGGCAAGGAUACCGCGUCCUUCAAGAUCCCCGAGAAUACUCCGCCUGGUCAGUAUCUUGUUCGUAUUGAGCACAUUGGUCUCCAUCGCGGCUUCAGUGGUAAUUCCGAGUUUUACUUCACCUGCGCUCAAAUCGAAGUCACCGGUUCUGGAUCUGGCGUUCCGGCCCCCUUGGUCAAGAUCCCCGGAGUGUACAAGCCUGAGGAUCCCAACAUCCACUUCAACAUCUACCACCCGGUCCCAACUUCUUACGACCUCCCCGGCCCCUCUGUCUGGUCUGACAGCGUCUCGGAUUCCUCUUCUUCUAUUUCUGCCCCUCCAGUCAAUAACGCCGCCGCCGUUUCCUCUGUAAACCCCACGACUCUCGUGACUCUCUCUAAGACUUCCAGUACCCCUGCAGCAACGUCCUCCGCUGCCCCUACCUCGUCCGCUCCAUCAAAUGGUACUAUCAAGAAAUACUACCAAUGCGGUGGCCAGGGUUGGACUGGAUCAGGAUCGUGUGAAGCUGGUACUACCUGCCGCGAGUGGAACCAUUGGUACUUUCAGUGUGUCUAG